AGUUCGGAGUGUGUUUGUUGUUUCGUUGUAAGCAGUUUGUUGUUACGGUGCAUCAGUUUACACGCUGCUGUUGCUGUUGUUUGCAUAGAAAAGAAGAAGACCUAUUCAAAGUUCUUGAAGAUGUCUCUUACAUGGGGAUACACACACAUAAAUGGACCGCAGAAAUGGCCGGAAAUGUUCCCGCAGGCUCGUGGACAGCGCCAGUCACCGGUCGAUAUCGUUACGUCCAAGACCCAAAACUCGGGCGAUCUGCAGGAGAACCCACUGCGCUGGACGUACGUGCCGGAGAACACGCGUAGUCUGGUCAAUCCGGGCUACUGCUGGCGGGUCGAUGUAAACGGCAAGGGUUCACUGCUGACCGGUGGACCGCUGCAGAAGGAACAGUUCAUACUCGAACAGUUCCACUGCCAUUGGGGAUGUUCGGAUUCGCGCGGAUCGGAGCAUACGGUUGAUGGGGAAUCGUUUGCCGGCGAGCUGCACCUUGUCCACUGGAACCAGAGCAAGUACAAGAGCUUCGCUGAGGCGGCAGGACAUCCGGACGGUUUGGCGGUGUUGGGUGUCUUUUUGAAGGUCGGCAAGCCGCAUCCGGAGCUGGAUAUCAUCGCUCGUCUACUUCCGUUCAUCACCCACAAGGGCGAUCGCGUUACACUAAACAAACCACUCGACCCGGCCCGUUUACUACCGGAGGGUAAAGCCUACUGGACGUACCUGGGAUCACUCACCACACCUCCAUGCUCGGAGUCUGUCACCUGGAUUCUCUUCAAGGAACCGAUCGAAGUAUCGCACGAGCAGCUGGAACUGUUCCGUGAAAUGCGUUGCUACGAUGCUGCUGAAGAGUGUCCAUGCGAUGAAACGCUCAAUAAGCAGUUCGAAUACGGCAAGGUCAUUAACAAUUUCCGUCCACCGCUGGAGCUAGGCAAUCGGCAGCUGCGUGAGGUAGAUAGCUACUAGAAAGGAUCAAAUUUGACCAG